AUGCUGAAGCUGUUAGUUCUUGCUGCCUUUAUCUCUACUGUAUCGUCACUUGGCCUAGGCCGAACUCAGUCAUCCGGUGUGAGAGGGAAACUGAUUUGCGAUGGAAAACCUGCUGCUGGUGUUACUGUUAAACUGUACGAUGAUGAUAGAGGCGUUGACGCUGAUGACCUUAUGGCAUCCGGAAAGACUAACGGAAAUGGCGUUGACGCUGAUGACCUUAUGGCAUCCGGAAAGACUAACGGAAAUGUAUUUAUGUCUUUAUUUCAGAUUCCUAAGAAGAUUUAUGAUGCUGGAACUAUUCAGCUAGCUGGAGCAUUCCCAGGAGAAGAACGAGAUUGCCUUCACUGA